GCCCUGCAUGACCCACCAGUCAUCCGGCUUUACUUCGGUCUUAUGUCCGGUUCUAUGACAGCAUCCGGUAUACACAUGUCUGAGAUGGUAUAUCAAGGACACGACCAGCUACGAUCACAACCAUCUACCACAAGCGUCAAGCGUUCCAUUCUACCCAUUCUUCUCUCUCUGCUGCCCAUCAUCAACUCCAUCAAGAUGAGCGCCCCGCAGUCCCCUCUGUUCCGGCAUCGCCAGCUCGCCCCCGCCGCUUCCGUCCGCGUAUCCCCGUUAUGUCUUGGCACCAUGACCUUCGGCGGCGCCCAGCAAGACCGUUACGGAGACUGUUCCCGGGAGGACGCCUUCGCAAUGCUCGACCACUUCGUCAGUCAAGGCGGCAACUUCAUCGACACCGCGAGCGGCUACCAGGCUGGGCAAUCCGAAAUCCUGCUGGGCGAAUGGAUCGCCGCACGCGACAACCGCGAUGAGAUUGUUCUCGCCACCAAAUACACCACUCCCUAUAUGCUCCACCACAAGGACAAGAUCCAGUCCAACUACGGUGGAACCGGGGCCAAGUCGAUGAAGGUCAGCGUGGAGCACUCCUUACGCAAGCUCCAGACCACCUACAUUGACUUGCUGUAUGUCCACUGGUGGGACUACACGACCUCGAUUCCGGAAUUGAUGCAUGCGCUGGACGAUCUCGUCAAAUCAGGCAAGGUCGUGUAUCUGGGCAUCUCGGAUACCCCGGCGUGGGUGGUCUCUAAGGCGAAUCAGUAUGCUCGGGAUCAUGGACUGCGACAGUUCUCGGUGUACCAGGGGCAGUGGAAUGCCGCGAUGCGGGAUUUCGAGCGCGAGAUUAUCCCCAUGUGUCGGGAUGAGGGCAUGGCUCUUUGUCCGUAUGGUGUGCUCAAUCAGGGUCGGUUCCAGACCGAGGCUGUCUUCAAGGAGCGGGAAACGAACAAUCCGGGUCGGAAGUUCAUUCCCACGUCGGAACAUGAUAAGAAAGUGUCGCGGGCGCUGGAAGCUAUUGCCAAGGAGAAGGGGGUCGACUUGCUUCAUGUGGCUCUCGCGUAUGUGAGAUACAAGGCGCCGUAUGUGUUUCCGAUUGUGGGUGGACGCACGGUGGAGCAUCUCAAGGGUAGUAUUGAGGGGUUGAAGGUGGUGUUGACGGAUGCCGAGGUGGCCCAGGUGGAAGAGGCCUACAGUUUCGAUUAUGGCUUUCCGAAUGUCUUCCUGAGCGGGUCGAUGUUCGACGGUGGCAUUUCGAGAAUGGCCAACGGUCCGGGUGAUGUGUGGUUGACCAAGAAUAUGGGGACGUUUGACUGGGUCGCCGCGCCAUCGCCGAUCAAGCCAGCUGAGAAUUGAAAUUAGCCUUGUUGCUGUCCACAGAG